CUGUCGUCGUCGUCAGCGGCAUUACGCGAUUUCCACUCCGACGACAUGGAAACCCUUCCAGAGCUGAAUGGCUAUCUGCUCAAGAAGAGUCGGCAGGGACGAUACCAGAAGCGAUGGUUCGAAGCGACGAGUCACUAUCUGACGUACUACAAGAAUGCAGAAAGCGAUAAGCUCCUCGCGUGUAUUGACUUGUGGCGGAGUGGAAACAUUCAACUCGGUAUCCCCGCUGGUACCGCGACUACAGACACGUCUCCCGCCGACUUCUCCCUCCGAAUCGGAGACCAAGAUUACCUUCUUCGGGCUGCAGACCGGGACGAAGCAAUUCGAUGGGUUCAGGGCCUAAAAGCGCGGCAAGCUAAGCAGGAAGGUGCCAACUCCGACGCGUACAGCCACCACGAAGAGUGCUACAACGAUACAUCCAGCGAAGUCUCUAGUGUGUACAACGACGAUACUCGAUCAAGUCUUGGACCGAACGCGAGGCCAACAUUUUCGACGCUCGAUCGAGAAGAGGCAGCUGCCCAAGCGCUGGUUGGCGUGUCUGUCCGUCAUGCUCCUCCCCCGCCGAUCAUUCCUCUGCAAGCAAAGAUGACAUCGUCGUCGUUCCGGACGGCCGCGCCGAUCCCACCUGCGCAAGCAACUAUCGUUCCACCUAGUCCUUACUUUUCGGCGCCACCUCCUCAAACCCAAAAGACGCAUGACGACGACAAGGUCACCGUGUGCUGUGGCCGAUGCCAGUUCAUGUAAUCACCAUGAAUAUCAAGUAUGUUUAACGAA